AGUUAGCUCCAUUUACACGCCUUACGUAACUCAAAUUUUGUGUUUUUUUGCAAAAAAAAUUUGCCAAUGAUAAUAAAAAUUUUGUGAUAAUAAUAAACUCUACAUUCCACAUAACUUGACCGUCGCAAUUCAUUCACGUAAGUUAUAUCUAGACACCAGCUACGAAAUAUAUUCCUCAAGAGCAGCUGUUUAUAAUCUUCAAGAGUGUCAAUUGCCAUGGGAAUUUUCAUCAUGCCAUGGCCAUGGCAACAUUUGCGGAUGUUUUGUCAACCAUCGAACACUUUCGUCGAGUGGCUAUCGAAAAAUGCAAUUCUAUAGUAUCGAUAACAACUGAAGAAAUUUGAUUAUCACUUAAUCGAACAAUUAAGCUUUAUGGAAACGCGUCGUCGAAGCUAUUAAUUUCAAUGCUCGUAGCUAAACAAAUAAGUAAAAUGUCGACCGAAGAUCAAUCGCCAGAAGAAAAGAAAAGCAAGAAACCGAAUCGAAAUGAAUCUCAUAUACCAGUUCUUUCUCCAACCCAUUUUAAAAGGACCGGAUCACUGAAGCUGCGAAAUGAGAUGCGAAUGCCCCAUAAAACCGAACCCUCCUCGACUUCCACUCCACCACUGAGACGUCAUAGAAGUCUGCAAGGAUUAGCAUCACCGGUGUUACCGAGGAGGCUGGAUAAAAGCUACGAGAGAGACGAUGACUUAGAUUCUGAGAAAAGUUUCGGCAGUAGUUGUGGCAGCUUAUGUGGUCAUUCACCCUUUGCUCAUAAUGGCACUACGUACAGUGCUCGUAAUAUGAAGUACAUCUUCCAUUGUUCAGCGAAUAGCGGUAGCGAAGAGUAUCUGACACCGACUCAGAGAGCUAAUCGGACCAUUAAACGAUUAAGACGUAUGCUAGCCGAUGCUCAAUCCGAAUUGAUUGAAAAAGAUAAUGAAAUCAGUAGAUUAACGAAAGAGGUCGUAGAACUACGUUUGCUAAAAGCUGGUAACAUGGCGACCGGUGAUAAUUACGAUACCGGAGACGAAAUGGAUUUCGCCGAACCUGUCGUCAGUAAAAGUAGCCCUAGAUUUAUGGAUGUACUUCACGAAGAACUUGACAUGGCUAGUGGUCCCAUUGUACAAGAAGCUGGUGAGCAAAAUAAUACCUCGACUAAUCAACCGCAGGAUAUUCGAGGAGCUGUUCAGCUUCUGCCCGCUCAUCAUUCACCCUCUUUAGCGGAUUCGGGUAAUUUCGAAGACAUAAACUGUACGUUUGCUCAUACAUUGGAGAAAGAACUUGAAAGAUUACGACAGAAUUACGACGACAUGAGAGAAAAACACAACGAAAAAGUAGAACAACUAUUAAAAAUCAUCGCCGACUCGAACGAUCGAUAUUACGACCUGAAACCGAAACACGAUACUGCUGUGAUACGAAUAAAAGAACUGGAGAAGGAAAUUGAAUCUUUGAAAAGUAACGUAAUUCAGCAAGAUGAACUACAGAAGACUCUUUACUUACAAUUAUACGCCAAGCAGGAGAAAGUCGAAGAGUCAGUGAACGAGGUCGAAAAAGAUGUACCGCCCUUGGAAGAUGUUCCUGAAAAUGGUUCCCACGUCACUAAUUUAGUGGAGAAAUUGACCAUCACUAAAAAAGAGUUGGAAAGUGUCAAGGACAACGAAUAUAAAAACGAUGCUUUAUUAAGUGCCAGAGAAGCAAUUUCGUUGUGGAUCCUUGGUACUCGCAAGGCCAUGUAUCGAGCACUACUAGAAGCGAGUAAAAUAAAAAACGUCAACGAUGCCGAAAUGACGUUACGAUUUCUAAAAUCGGCCGUAUAUUAUUUCCUCACCGAUACCUCCAACUCUCGAGAUCAUUUGGCAGCUAUUGAAAGCAUAUUGGGAUACUCGGAUGAAGAAAAAAGUAGAAUUGAGAAAGUACAAGCGUGGAAGUAUUAAAAAAAAUGUGUCCAAGUGUAAGAUUUUUUAUAAAAUUAUUUAUUUAUUGUACCUACAUUGAGAAUGAUAAUAUCCUGGUGAUGCUGGACGUUGGGAAAGCUAUAAAAAAAAUGAUCAGUAUUACGAUAUUUUUAAUCGAUCGUUUGCUUUUGCGUUUAGUUUUCGUAAUUGAAAAUGUUCGUUGUGGCUGAGACUAUAACGAUUUAAUUACUAUUAUUUUAUAAAAAUUUAUCAUAAGAAAUCAUUACUAAAGUUGUGCGCUGUGCAAAGAAAACCGCAAUGACUGGAAACGUUGUCCUUAAACUUUGUAUAAUUUUUAUUGACAUUUUCAUUAAGUACGUGAAUCUUUUACUGAAAAAUUUCUUACAGUUGAUAUUUUUUACCUUUUCAUUUUUCAUCUCGUUAUCAUGUGAUGACUAUCAUGUUGAAUAUUGUGAUUUGUAUUUUUUUUUCUUUCUUUCGUGUAUUUAAAUGAGCUUAAUAUUGAGUCAGAACUUCACGAUGAUCGAGUCACAUCCGUCUAAUUUAAUUUUCUUAUUUAAUUUUUGAUAUUUUGGAAUUUUCUUUUUCAACCGUGAUCGUUGAUGAAUUAAAAAUAGGUACUAUCGGGUAGCCUUCUUCCCGAUUUACAAAUUUUGAUAUAGGUAAUGUCAAUAAUUUGGUUUUCGCUUGCACGUAUUUUGUAUCCUAAUCAACUAUGUUGUGUUAUUAUUAUUAUUUUUUUUCCAUAAUUGCCUGAAGCUUGUCAUUUCGUUGAACCUAUUUAUAAAUGUUACCAUUGUUACCUUCGACUAUGAAUUAUAGCUAAAAGAGAUUGAGAGUAAAUUUUUGAAGAUGCAUACUGCGCAUGCGCGAGUUAAAAUUAGCAAGUUUUUCAUAUGUGAUCGAUUUUUGAUUUUUGCAAAGUGAUCAAGGAUUUUGAGUAAAUUUUUGAGUUCUUAUUUCGUCUCCGUCAUCUGCGAUUCGAUCAUCUUCAGCUUAAUUUAAAAUAAACUCGUACAGUCAAACAAAUUGUACUGAUCAACUCCAUGCGCAUGCGCAAUAUGGACCCUCAAAAAUUCACUCUCAACCACGAAGUUUCACCGACUAGCUCGGUCCAUUUUAGCUAUACAUAUUUAGUCAAAGAUUGUUACUUGUUUUGAAAAUAUAUAACUCUAAUCGAA